AUGAUCAUUCCGCUUUGGUUCUUCGUUCUGUUAUUUUGCGUCGGCAAUGAUACCUUUGCACACCUCAACUCCCCGCAGCUGGCUCCGAAAAGCCGAAGACAUGCUCGCCAUGCUAGCGAUCAGUGCAACAACUUUCUUGAAAGCCCCUUUAGUUUCUGCUCUGUGGCAGGUUACAAUGAAACUUUUAAAUUCCCCGCUGUCUUAUCUGGGGUUAAACUUCAAAGAGCAGCCAAAGGAAUCGCCAAUAUCUUCAAAAAUGCGUGCUCGAACAGUGGUCAGUCAGGUCAGGUAUUGGCUAUGACAAUGAGGUGCUCAUUUUUUCUUCCACAGUGCUCCAACGGAGAACGUGUCUAUCCAUGCAAGCGAGUUUGCAACGAGUUUCUGAAGCAGUGUGUAAAAGGAAUACCUGAGUCUUGGUUUGACUCUAUAGUAGCUUUCUGUCACGUUCUUCCAGAUGAGGACUCGAGUAGCGGCAAGUGUCAUGAACCGCCUAACUUCUCUGUGGCAAAUGACAGUAAUAAAGGUGGGUAGAAAAUAUUCAUACACCGCACUUAGUCUUAGCAGAAAUUUGGUACAUCUACCUCGUACACCACAGAGCUAUUUCGAUGUAAAAAAAAAACUGAAGCUUUUAGAUUAGAUUAACCAACUUCCUGUUUUAAACUGUCGGCGUUUAAUGAUGCCGUGGAAUGUGUGAAAUAUUUAUCGGGCACUGUCAUUACAUAGCCCGGCGUAUUGAAAGACCCUGAAACCGAGUAUCUAACAAUUAGUAGCAAACUAAAGCACUCCAUUAACUUUUCAUUCAGUGUUAUUCUUUUGAUCCUCUGUUUGUUGUACUAUAUGAUGUGAACAUAAUUAAACUGGCUACUUAUGGCCAUGGGCUGGUCGAUUGCUGUCGACUUCGUCUCGGUCCAUAAAAACGCAACAAAAAGAAUUUGACCAAAAUCCAGGGUCUUUCUUAGCCGAACUAGCUUGUCCAACUGAACGCAUAAAUAUUUCAUACCUAAGUUCGGUGGGGAUUGAGACACCAAAAGUUUAAAUUAGUUUUAUUAGUUGAGUUGCUAAAGCAAUGCCACGGUACAGAGAGACCUAACAUGCGAAGAUCAAAGAGCCAAGACUGAAUACGGCAAACCUUUGGAUUUCUUUACGAGGGCUCGAAUUCAAGCUAAAAAUUAAAUUUGUAUCUUAACAGUUGUUUUUCGCUGACCCCUGUGGGUGGGAUGGGUGAAAUGAAGAUUACUUCUGAGUUCAGAAUGAAAAGACAGGAAGUUUGUUUGUCUGAUGACUUAGACUUUGACAGUAAUAUAGUCAAACAUGCGAAACCUGGCAUCUUCGUAGGGUUAUGCCAAAGUGCUUCUUCCUCCAAAUUAUAAAUAGCACGUAGCAUAAGUACCAAAGGGACAAAACCAAGCGACAACUUUGCCUGACAGUUUGUUUUUUUUCAUAAAAUAAUAUCAGUAUAUGAUACUAUUAAUCAGUCAGGUGGGGAGGCGAUCGAGUCCAGAUUAAAAUUUCUUUUCUGCUCUAUAAAUCAUAAACUAGUGGUGAAUUAAGAAGUUCUGGGUUUAUCCUAAUGCGCCAAAGUUUAUUUUAUUUUCUUUACGCAAAGCAUAAAAUUUCGCGUUACAGGCCAGUAACAAACUUCAUCCCGCCAAAACCCUAUCCAUUCUUAGAGUGCCCCCAAGCACUAAACAGAAAGCUAAUAAGAGAUUACUGGCGGCAUAGCUUUGAGUCUUGGUGCGUUCUUCAAUUUUAAUUUAGCCAAUCCAAGCCAGAACGGAGUUCGAAACAUGUUUCUUAGUUUAAAAAAUUCCGAAAGAAACAGUGAUAUACAUGGUGACGCUCUUUCCACAAUUAAUCCUCACCGCACCACUGACAGUAUAAUUAUAUAAAAUACUCUCUCAGGUCCUCUCUACCGGGGCUGCCAAGAACUGAUUAUUCCAGCGUGUAAGAAUCUUGGCGUAUCCAACCACACUCUUGUAUCUGUUGAACAACAAAAGAGGUUAUACAAGGCCGCAUACAAUAAAGAGUACAAGGCAGAAGAUUUGGAGACCGAUUUUCCUCCAAUGCUACAAAAACAAUUUAAGAAGUAUCCAGGGUGUAAGGAAAACUUAAAGAAGCUUUAUUGUGGAGAUUUCUUACCGCCUUGUUUCCCGGAUGAAGGGCCCGAAGAUCCCGGAUUUUACACCAUCUGCCAGUCUGUGUGUAAUGAGAUCACAGAAGUCUGCCCACAUUUCUUCAGGUACUCGAAGUAAAAUAAAUAUACAUUAAUAAUGAUAAUAGAAAUAAUAAUAAUCAUGACGAUAGAUUGAAUUGAAAACCUGAGGAUUAAGAUUAGAAUUGCAUUGUUACAGAAGACUACUACGCUUUUAGGAACCGCCAAGAUUUUGAGGAUGGUGCAUGUCUUGAUUUUCAAUCAAGUAUCGGUAGAGUGUCCCCAAGGGCCCUUGGUCAUUUGUCAUGACUCGCUCCCUUGGUGUUAACAGCCAGAAAUCAGAGUUAAAUGGAUACCGUAUUUAUUCGAUAAACCGCCAUGGGCGCUUAUUAAAUUUUUGGACCUUGAGAAUGGGCGCUUAUUAGAGGUGGGCGCUUAUUCAAGGCUGGGCGCUUAUUAAACUUUCACUAUUUUCAGCAAGUGUAGUAUGUUUGUUUUGCAACAAAACAAUUAAUGGUAAUUACAAAACGCGAAGAUGUAACAAUGCAAGGUUUCUGUAAAAUACUCUGAAGAACUUCGGGAAAGUCUCUUAUUAGUACUUAUUCAUUUUUUUUGUUUUCGGGGUGGGAGAGGGAAGGGGGUAGGGUGGGGGUGGGAUGAGCGCUUAUUUGAAUUUAAGUGGACAGGCGAGGGGGUGGGCGCUUAUUCGAGGCUGGGCGCUUAUUUACUUUUUCAGCCUUUUGGAUGGGCGCUUAUUCGACGCGUGCUCUAAUUCGAUAUUGGGCGCUUACAAACAAUCUUGAUCAGUUGCUCCUCCUUCGUCCCAUGUUUACGGAAAAUUUUUUUUUGUGGAAUCCGGAAUCCUGGUCUUUGGAUCUAGGAAUACAGCUCAAGUAAUCCAGAAUCGAAUGGAAAUCGGAAUCCAAGUUGCACUGACAAAGACUGAAAUCCGGUACCUGGAAUCUGGAAUCCACGACUUGCUAUCCAGAAUCCAAGACUGUCUUGGAUUCACUUACAUGGGGCGGUCGUCCUAAACGACACAGCGUCUAAGGCAGUAAGACAUAUUAGGGCCAUUUAUACGAGGAAAAAUAAGACGCGUCUUACAUAAGACGCGUCUUAAAUAAGACGCGAACUGUACCAUUUAUACGAACAUGUCUUAUCUAAUAAGACGCGUCUUAGCUAAGCCGCGUCUUAUUUUAGACGAAAUGUGCCGUUUAUACGGAAAGUUCGCGUCUUAUUUUUCCUCGUAUAAAUGGCCCUUAUGUGUUAGAACCUAGCCUAACCUGACCGUCUGUUUGUGAUCUGAUUUGCAGGAACGAUUACUUCGAUGCAGAAUACUGCAGUUUUGCCAGCAAGGGAACCACCACUCAUGGUUAUUGUCGACGUACAGACUGGCCAUCUCCAUUCUCCUGGGUUCGCUUUCUUCCUGGUUAGUUUAUUCUCCUUCCUGCGAACGCACUGACGUAUGUUCUGUCAUCGGUUGACUCUCCACCCGGGCAGUGAGGGUCGACCGGAAAUACAUCUACGUUUGUAGGGUUUGCAGAGUAAUUAUUCUCUGACAGUAGGAAAUAAGGAACAAAUUAGGUACUGUAAAAUGCCGCUUAUAAGUUUUGGGCUUUUAUUAUAUAGACACGAGUGUUUUACUGGAAAAUAUACCACUCGUAAAAUUCAUAAAAACUACAUCCGGGACCCGAGUGGUUUAUUUUCGAUAAUCUCACACGUGAGUUUAUCGAUGACGUAAUUUUGGUAAUUUCGCUCUAUUAUUUUAUUGAUGCCAUUUUGUCUAUAUAAUAAAAAAAACAUUACAUGGCGGCUUGAAGAUAUGAAUUUUAUUUUCUCGUUGCAAAAACAAUAUUUUACGAACGAGCGCAGCGAGUGAGUAAAAUAUUGUUUUGCCACUCGAAAAUAAAAUUCACAUCUUCGCGCCACAGUGUAAUUUCCUCUACAUACAUCUUUGAAAGCCCCUUUGAAAGGGUUUUUGGGAGGCCUUAUACCGUAUUUACCGCCCUCGAAUAAACGCCGCACCUAAAAAGAAUAAUCUGGCGUUUACUCCAGGAUAAUAGGGACCUUAAGAUCCGACGACAGCGACGGCAACGGGAACGUCAAAAAACAAUAGGUUUAAUUGGCAAAACAACAAUUUUGCACGUUCAUCUCGCUUUUUUGUACAUUUGUUUGCCGUCACUGCAUAACUACGACGUGAAAAUUCCUAAUUUCACGUUGUACAAAGGAAGUACACAAGUGACGACGAAAUUUCUUCUCUCUUUCUGCACUUGGCUAUGGUUCUUAGGAAUUCAACUUUAGGAUUGUUCGCCUACAUUUGAAAAAGUUAGUGACUUGGAGUAAUCGCGAUGAAGAUUGAAAGAACAAGAAUUUACUUUUUCAGCGACGUUUUCUCUGCCGUCGCCGUCCUCGGAUCUUAAGGUCCCUAAUAAGACAAACUUCGGUACAACUUAGUAAUUUACACCAUCCAGACAUCUAGGAUUCUAUCUCAGCAAAAUAAGGGAGACACUGGAACCUCUAAAUUACAUAACAUUUAGAAACGACUAACAAUAACUAUUGUCAGUGAUUUUAAAAAGGGUGAUUUCGAAAUAAACGCCGCCGUCGAAUAAACGCCGCAUUGCAAACGCUAAAAAUUUAAUUAACGCCUCGGCGUUCAAUGGAAUAAAUACGGUAAACCGAGGGGCCUAUAACCGGAAUAGAAAUUAAAAAAACGCUACGAGACAGGCUAUAGCAGUGCUGAUAAAAAUACGUUCUGCUUUUACCGAUUUUUAAUUAAGCUUCAAAACUUCACAAUGAAUCGAAUUUAUUUCAAUACAAGUUAGAGAGGGGCUUCGCGCGCGGGAGGCUUAAGGCCGAUACACACGAGGGAUUUUGCUCCCGGAGCAUGCUCUAGGGGCACGCUCCGGGAGCAAAGCUCUUCCGUGUGUACCAACGAUUUCAUGGUAUACUUCAUCUUCGGGAGCAGAAUUUCCACCCCGCAAAAUGCUCCACGAUAUUUAAGCGGUUAAAUAUUUGGGAGCAAGCUCCCGGGGCAAAUUGAGCGAACUUGAAAACGCUCCCUCGUGUGUAUUGACACGUGUGAAAUUAGCCCGGAGCAUGCUCUGGGAGCAAAACUCCUCGUGUGUAUCGGCCUUUACAAUCGGAUGGCGUUUUGGGGGCAUACAACUAACUGGGGGGCUCAAUUAAGCGGCAAACGGUGUAGCUCUAUACCUGAAGAAUUCAGUUUUAUUCAAUUUCUCUUUCAGGGUUAGAAAACCGAUCAACAAAGGAACCCUCUCCCACCAAAGGUUCCAAAUCCAAAGCAUGGAUCAUUGCAGUAGCAAUUUUGGUUCCUGUCAUCAUUGUGGGCCUCUUUGUGGUAGGAGCUAUCUGGUGGAAAUGGCGGAGCGUUGGAAAGAAAACAGGGUACCAAAAGCAAAACGAUGAUAUGGCUCCUCUGGAAGGGGCAAUGGAGCUUUGA